AUGACUUAUUUUACAAAUUGGGAAGAAUUUUCUAAGGCAGCUGAACGUCUCCAAGCUGCGAAUCCUGAAAAGUGCAGGUAUUUCUUACAAUCGAAACUGAUUUCACAACAGUAUAAUAUAUUUUUUUGUUCUCAAGGUUUUUUCUCCCCAAAAAAUUUCUUUCAUAUUCUCAAAUGCUACAAAACGCUUUUCACGAUGAAAACAAAAUAAAAGAGGUGGAGUCAUUUGAAAGUUGUUCUCUUUAUCAUGACAUAUUCACAUUUUUUUCUUCAAAAAAAAACUUGGUAAAAUGAAACUUAACGAACUGCUUGAUUAGAUUAUGUUCAUUUCAUCGUUAUUCAACUUCAACCUCCGCAAUUUAAAGAAAAAGCGUUAUUUUUUGAAUUUUUUUGGAUUUACUCUCAUUUAAAAUCAUUUGCAUAGUUUUGAGUACAUAGAGCCAAAGUUUUUGAAUUUUUUAUUUUGCAAAUUCUCUAUGAAUUGAAAAAUGUUUAACUAUUCUCUAAAUUUUACUUCAAUGAUUUCAACUGUUUCAUUGCAAAUUAUAAUCGCGGUAAAUGAAAAAAACGUUGAAGACAAGUUUCAUAAUUCAUGAAUGUGAAACCUUGACUAGUUAUUUUUUUGCUUUAAGCUUUAUUUUGAAAAACCCAUAAACAAAAAGUCUGAAAAAAAUGAAUAAAUUUUUUUAUUAUUCCUAAUAUGUUGUAGCGCACAGAUCAGCCUGGAACUUGAAGAAUUAUUUUUCAUUUUCAAAAAGAUUCAUUGACAAGGAUUUUUUUCAUCCCAGGUUUGUCACAAAGUACACUCAUCGCGAAGGUCGGCUCGUUCUGAAGUUCACCGACGACGUUGUCUGCCUACAGUACAGCACCAAUCAACUGCAAGACGUCAAACGGCUCGAGAAGCUUUCAUCAUCCCUCCUACGCAACAUCGUUUCACAAUAG